AGAACACGGCAUUUUUCUAUACAAUUCAAGAUUUCAAUUGUCAGUUGAAUAGUAACAGCUGUUGAGUAAACAAGCACACUUUGGCGCUUACUUAUUGUUUGAAAACCUAUACACAAAGGCUAAAAUGGCAAGGAUACACAAAAGCAAAAAUAGCAAGUGAAAAUACUGAGCUCAGAGCAAAGACAAAAAUGGUAAGUGAAAAUACUGAUUUCAGAGGAGUCAUAAAGUUCCUCACUUAGGAGGGCACAAACUUAUAUCGCCGCAUGGCUUAUGUGUAUGGCGAUAAAAGCCCGACGUAUUCCACAGUGGCAAAGUGGUCAGCAGAAUUUAAACGUGAUAAAGACUCCUCAAAAGAUUUCAAAAAUUAAUGCCAGAUCGUCCUGCCUAUGUCUUCAGCUAAGAGCUAAACGACAAUCUUGAUAGAAUUUCGCUUUUUGAUCGCCGAAUCAAAGUUGCCAAAAUUGUCCUAUCAUUUGGUAUUUCAAAUGGAAGUAUUUACACUAUAAUCCAUGAAAAUUUAGACAUGUCAAAAGAAUCUGCCAGGUAGGUACCAAGAAAUCUGAACAUUUAAGAUCGUCAGCAAAGGGUAGAUUCAAGUCAAGAGCUUCUGAACUUGUACAAUGCCAAUAAAUAUACUUUCACACUCGUAACAUGAUAUUUGGCUUCCCCUCUGAGAUCUAAAGUGUCAAUGCGACGAUAGCACCCUAGAUCACUCUCAUUUAUGAAAUUUCGUAUCAAACCACCAGACAAGGUAUUGGCAGCGUUUUUAUGGGCUUUUCUCCUAAAAAGGAAUUAUAUUGAUAUAUUACAAGCCUGCUGGUACUUCAAUUACAAGACAAUAGUAUGCCAAUCGUAUGAAACAAUUUUGGAUUGUUAUUAAAGACACACGAAGGGUGGGGGGGGGCUAGCCUUGCAUUAGCACUUGUGUCCGUCUAUUGCAUGAAAAUGCCCCUGUGCACAGUCCAGAAUUGUGCAAGCCGCUUUUUGUGAUUGCAAGUUUGAGCAGUUAAAUCAUAAGCCAUACAGGUCAGGCCUGGCCCAAAAUGAUAAUUAAUAUAUUUAAAAUUUGAAGUCUUACUUGAUUGGAAAAAGAGUUCGGCACGGUUAUGAGCUGUUUCACAGGCUUGGUUUUGGGACAAAACAGACGAUUUUUAUUUCAAAAGCAUGGGCUGCUCAAACGAAAAGUGGUCCAAAUGGAUUUAAGUAAACGAGGCUUAUAUUAAAAAAAAGAUAUUGUUGAAACUAUCUUCUCAACUUUAAAUUAAAACCCGAGUUCUACUUACCUAAUUAACUCCCCUGAUAUAUAUAUUUGAGUUUCAUGCCACAAAACAGAGUAAGCAAUCAAAUUAAGCAUUACGUUAUUUAUAUGAUGAAGUUAAAAGAAAACGGACCACUUUUAUAAUGGCUAAUUAACAUGUACUUAAACAAUCUUUUUUUAUAUUUACAGUUAAACCUGUAAGAAAUGAAGUUAUAACAAGCAACAAUGAAACCUUCACACGAAGUAUGGCAACAACUAAUGAGUUUUGCCACAGAACGGAUAAAUACAAUAACUGGGUAAAAGGUGUAACUGGUCUUAAAUAUUUGCAAAAUGGCUUGAGGCCAUUUACAGAAAAGGUUAUUCAAAAUGUGCAUACAGAUAUUUUGCAUACAUAUGGAAAAUGUGGAAAUUGCAUAUUAGAAAAUAUUUCCCCAGCACAUGCAAAACAUGGAUGUAUUCAACGACGGAGAUGCAAUUGCUCAAAGAAAGAUACCACACAUUGUAGAGUUUGUAGUGCAGUCUAUGACAGAAUAAUUAUAGAGCAUCGCUUCGUGGAUCCUAAUUGGGAUAUUGAUUUUCUGAAUUUUUACAACGACCCCUGGCAAUUUGCAAGAUGUUUUAUGACAAAUAUGGCAAAGAAAUCAAACACUACAGCAGAGGAUGCUGACGAGGGUUGUCUCUUGAGUAUAAUCAUAAAUGGUAAUUUCUUCCAGAAUAAACUGGAUAUAAUUGUUGAUGGAGAAAAUGACAUCUUCACGAAGAUACGUAAAGCAAGGAAUGUGAUGAUGCACAACAUUCCUCAGCUUUCAGAUGAUGAAGUUGAGGGAUAUUUAAAAGAUAUGAUAGCAGUGUUGAAAGAUCCUAAGGCACUUUUGUAUGACUCAGAAGCACAAGCUGCUGUCACACAUUUAGAAACACUAUUAAAUACACGACUUAUCUUGACAACUGACAUGGAAAAGAAAGCAAUUGAAAGUACACUGUCAGUGAUUGAAGACGUUGGCACACAAUGUGAAGAAGUAUCAAAUUUACAUAAAAUUCGAUUUCAAGAAAUAGUAGAAAAAGAAACACUGCGAUGUCAAGAAAAAUUGCAAGAUUUGACCAAUGAAUCGAUAGAAAAAAUACGAAAAGAAACAGAUAAUUCUUUAAAGGGGUUGCAAAGAGAGCGGAAGAAUGCA